UCCCAUUGCAAGCAGAUGGAUGGAGAGGAGCUAUGCUUCUAAUAGAGCUAAAGCAAACAAAAAAGAUGGAAAUGUUUCUUAGGCUUUAUUUUGGAAUUUUACUUUGGAUUCAUUCUUCACUGCCAUGGAGGAUAUAGAGCAUAUUUUUGAUUACUUCACUUGGAAUUAAUCCUUGAGAAUCCGUGAUGACAAAGACAAUAGGAUACCGAGACUGGAGAUGGAAAGCUGUUUGGUGGCAUACAUUUUUUCUCCUGUGGAGUACAAUAGAAGCACAGACUCGUUACAGCAUCCCAGAGGAAUUGAACCCGGGAUCUGUGGUCGGAAAUCUCGCCAAAGAUUUGGGUUUGUCAUUAUCUGACAUUUUUGACCGUAAGCUGCGGGUCGCCUCUGAGGCUGGCGAGCAGUUUUUCAGCGUGGAUGCGGGGAAGGGAGAGCUGGUGGUGAAUGACAGAAUAGACAGAGAGGCUCUGUGUGGACAAAGCGCCAGCUGUGUGUUACCUUUACAGAUAGUUAUUGAAAACCCAUUACAUUUAUACCGAUUCGAGGUAGAAAUUAAAGAUAUAAAUGAUAAUUAUCCAAUGUUUCAAGCAAAAGAAUUGUCUUUGAAAAUUGCAGAAUCGGCAGCAGUGGGAACUCGCUUUCUUUUGGAAAGUGCGGAGGAUUUAGAUGUCGGGGUUAAUUCUGUAAAGUCUUACACUUUGACAAGAAACGAAUGCUUUACACUAAAAAUGAAGGAUGUUACUGGUGGCAGAGCAGUCCCCGAGCUAGUGUUGGAAAAGCAACUUGAUCGAGAGAAGAAAGCAGUGCAUCAGCUAAAAGUGACUGCAGUAGAUGGGGGAAAUCCGGCCCUGUCGGGUACCUCACUGAUUACAAUUACUGUGCUGGACAUUAACGAUAAUUUUCCAGUAUUUGAAAAUAAUAUUUUUACGGUUUCCUUGCAGGAAAAUGCUGUAAAAGAUAGUUCUAUAAUAAAAAUCCCUGCUACGGAUGCUGAUGAGGGACCUAAUGGAGAAAUCGAAUAUUCUUUUGGUUCGAGAACACCGGAGUCCGUAUUAUCCAUAUUUGAAAUCAAUUCAUCAACUGGAGAAAUAUAUUUGAAAGGAGACUUGGAUUAUGAAAAAACAACUUCCUAUAAAAUUGAAAUAUCUGCUAAAGACAAAGGGGUCCCUGAAAUGGAGAGUUACUGUCACUUACAGGUAGACGUUUUAGAUAUUAAUGACAACACGCCAGAAAUUGUUCUGACCUCUGAACCUCAGCCUGUGCGUGAAGACGCACCAGGUGGCACAGUAGUCGCUUUGCUUAAUGCACGCGAUGCUGACUCCGGUAAUAAUAGCAAAGUUACAUUGCAGUUAAAUAAAGGCUCUCCUUUUACUCUUAAACCUUCAUUUUCUAAUAAUUAUGCGCUGGUUACCAGCGGCCCGUUAGAUAGAGAAAAAUUCUCAGAGUAUCAUAUCGAGAUAACAGCCACUGAUUCGGGUUCUCCUCCACUUUCCAGUAAAAAGGUUAUACCAGUUACAAUCAACGACGUAAAUGACAACCCUCCUGUUUUUACUCAGUCCUCCUAUAAUGUAUAUUUAAAAGAGAACGGAGUGCCAGGAUUCAUACUUUACUCAGUGUCAGCAUCUGAUCUGGAUUCUGGUGAAAACGCAAAGAUCUCUUACUCCAUACUGGACUCUAAAGUGCAGGACGUCUCUGUCUCAUCUUAUGUUUACAUUAACUCAGAUAACGGAAGCAUCUACAGCAUGCACUCGUUUGACUAUGAGAAGCUGAAGGUGUUUCAGAUUCAGGUUCAGGCAAAGGACCAGGGCUCUCCCUCUCUCAGCAGCAACGCCACUGUCCAUGUUUUUAUCCGGGACCAGAACGAUAAUGCCCCCGCUGUUAUUUACCCCUCCUCCGCUGCCCUGGGCUCCCUCUCUCAUCAGAGGAUGCCCCGCUCCGCUAAAGCGGGUCACCUGGUUACUAAGGUGACGGCUGUGGACGCUGACUCGGGCCAUAACGCCUGGAUCUCCUACAGACUGGCGGAGGCCACAGACGCCUCUCUGUUCACCGUCAAUCAGUACACAGGGGAGGUGAGGACUAAACGCGCUGUGUCCGAGCAGGACGACUCCUCUCAGAGGCUGCUGGUAGAGAUCAAGGACGACGGGGAACCGGUUCAGUCCACCACCGUCACGGUGUCCAUCCUACUGGAGGACGGUCUCCAUGAGCCCAUCUUAGACCUCCGACACAAACUAUCCGAGCCCAGCAAGAAAACUGGCAGAAUCACCCUUUAUUUGAUUCUGUCUCUGGCCUCGGUGUCCGUGCUGUCUCUGGUGACUUUUCUCAUCUUAGCGGUGAAAUGCAUCAGGAGCAGCAGAAACGGGAGCUGCUGCAUGAGACGGAGCGACUGUGAUGAUUACAAGAACCCCAACAGAAACCUGCAGAUUCAGCUCAACACUGAUGGACCUAUAAAGUACGUGGAGGUCCUGGGAGGAGACAUGAUGUCUCAGAGUCAGUCCUUCAGGUCCUGCAUGUCUCCAAUGUCAGAGUACAGUGAUUUCACUUUGAUCAAACCCAGCAGCACCACAGACUUUAGAGAAGUCAUCAGUGUUCUGGAUGCGUCUUUACCCGACAGCACCUGGACCUUUGAGAGCCAGCAGGUGAGCUAAAGAACAGCAGUCUUUAUCAAUU